AUGCCGAGUCGGCGGAUGAACCAUCCCGCCCGGUUCCACUCCAGGAACGCAAAGAUUCUGGCCCGACAGAGCGUCUUGAGGGACCAGGCGAAUAUUACGGCUGAAGCAGUACCGGAGGAGGCAGAUUCGAUCAAGCCUGUCGCCAUACCAUUCAAGCAAAAACCUGAUGAAUUCGGGGAACGUGGACACGGGCUAUCUCUCGUCGCCCUCGGCGAACCGAAAAGCGGCACGACUUGGCUGGGAAGAAUGGUUCCGUCGCUGGCUAUCGAGCUAUGCGGGAGCGAAAACAACCCGUGGUGCCAGCUUGGGGGAGUCGAAGUCUUCCCACAUCCUCCUGCGCCGUCCUACGAGUUCGAAUUGCUCAACAUAUCAACCCCGACCGGCAGGCCAAGACUCUUCCUCCACUUUCAGGGGCGCAUCAAGCACAUCAUCCCGGGGAUGGAUCUCGGAAUUCCUCUCAAGUGCCGCAAUGGAGGGCGACUGCACAAGGAAGGUUUCAUGGAUCUCCAACCGUGUGAUUCAGGAGAAUCACCUACGAGGGAGCGGCUCGAAUCUUGCCUCUGGAAUACGACUAAACGCUGUGUUAACUACAUGACGAGCACGGACCCGGCCGUUCGGCGAUCAAUCGUCCUCUUUCGUGACCCACGGGACGUUGUAAUAUCGGAGUACAAGAUGCGGACCCAGGUGUUUCAUAGGGAUCCGUGGAUCGCGAGCCUUUCCCUGGAGGAGUUCGUUCAGUUCAAGUUUGAGGUGCUAGUCUCGUGGCUUCACCAGCGAUACAUGUGGCACACAGGCGACCUGAUGGGCCCCUCAUCCCACGUCGAGUUCUACGACGAGCUACAGAGGAGCCCUGUUGGAUUCAUCGGAAUUGCUCGUCUCAUGGGCCUCGAGUGCUCCGAAGACCAGGCGUACAAGGUGUGGAAAGCUCACAAGCAGGCCUCUCCCAACGGGGGCUUCGCCACCCGGGUCGGGGAAGAGACUAUUCAGUUCAUGAACGCGACGAUGGCGAGGCUGCUCCCUCCAUCCGUAGUGAUUCAAUGGGGCUUAACGCCGACCGAGAUCUGA